CCGGUGUCUUCCCCGCGGCGGACAUUUUGUCCGCUCUCGGUGGGCCGCUCGGACUAGAACCUCGGGAUCGCUGGUUCGGCCCGGAGUGACGGAAGCGGGAGGACACGGGAGGAGACUCUGUGCUCGCCGCAGGGAGGCUCGGCGGUGGCAGCGCCCGCGAAGGCUCCGCUGCCCGCGACGGCGGCGCGCGGGUCCCGACCUGGGACUCCUCACGGCCCCGUAUGGUCCUCCAGAUUGUGAUGGCGGCCGCGGUUGGUGGAUCCGGCCUAGAUUUUUUGUGGUUGCUGAACAUAGCAGGGGAAAGAACUCUGAGUGCCUGACUGAGAGGUCAUGACUCUAGCCAUGGCUGGAGGGACGUGGACAGGCCCUGGUUAUUGGUGCGCGGCGAAAGAUGAAGAGGCACCUUCUGAGCAGACCGUUUCUUUAGGAGUCUCCCAUGAUAGCAUUUCCAAGGCAGGUUCAUCAACCCAGAUGGCUCACCCUUGUGACAUUUGUGGCCCCAUCGUGAAAGACCUCUUACACCUGCAUGAACACCAGGAAAUAUGCCAAGGACUGAAACCUUACACCUGCGGGGCGUGUGGGAGACGGUUCUUGUUCAGUGCAAACUUUCACCAGCAUCAGAAGCAGUACAGUGUAGAGAAACCUGUCAGAAGAGACAGAGGCAAGACCUCAUCUGGGAAGAACUGUAGGGUUUGUGAAGAACCUCACCUGUCGGGAAAGCCCUUUCUGUGUGAGGAGCAGUGGAGCCUCCAGGCCAGUCUGGGCAGUCACCAGCGACAGGCCACCCACAGCAAGAGGAAGAGGAGGACUGGGAGCGGGGAGGCCUCUCACAGCGGACAGAUGCAGUACAGCUGCAGCGAAUGCGGGAAGGCCUUCAACCGCAAAGACACGCUUGUCCAGCACCAGAGAAUCCACACCGGAGAAAGGCCCUACGAGUGCAGCGAAUGCGGGAAGGCCUUCAGCCGCAAAGCCACACUUAUCCAGCACCAGAGAAUCCACACCGGAGAAAGGCCUUACGAGUGCAAAGAAUGUGGGAAAGCCUUUAGCCGCAAAGACAAUCUUACUCAGCACAAAAGAAUUCACACCGGAGAAAUGCCUUACAAGUGUAGCGAGUGUGGAAAAUACUUUAGCCAUCACUCCAACCUCAUCGUACACCAGAGAGUUCACAAUGGAGCGAGGCCUUAUAAGUGUAACAACUGUGGGAAAGUCUUCAGACACAAAUCCACACUUGUUCAGCAUGAGAGCAUCCAUACUGGAGAAAACCCUUACGUUUGCAGUGAUUGUGGGAAAUCCUUUGGCCACAAGUACACCCUCAUUAAACACCAGAGAAUUCACACUGAGGCAAGGCCUUUUGAGUGCAUCGACUGUGGGAAAUUCUUUAGUAGAAGCUCUGACUUUAUUGCACACCAGAGAGUUCACACAGGGGAAAGGCCAUUUGUGUGCAGCAAAUGUGGGAAAGAUUUCAUCAGAACAUCCCACCUUGUUAGGCACCAAAAAGUUCACACUGGAGAAAGGCCAUACGAGUGCAACGAAUGUGGGAAAGCCUAUAGUUUAAGCUCCCACCUCAUUCGGCACCAGAAGGUUCACACUGCAGGACGGCUUUAGGAGUGCUUUCGACACAACAGGACUUGUGUGGAGAGGGGCUUUGUGAUUGCCCUUGGAGAGGAAGACGCCAGUCAGAUGUUGAACCUCAUGUAUCUGAACAUUAGCACUGGGGAGAGACCUUAAGGAUGCCAGGUACAGGGACACUUUCAUGGGUUGCGUUGCACUUGCAGACCUGCUCAGGUUCCUUGCCAAAUUUGCCACUCAAUGUCUGUGGCAGAAACCAUCUCAGUUCUACCACCUUCGUUUCUGUAUGUCCUCAGGGACACCUCCAGUCUCUGGAGGAAAUUAUGAGAAUCCUGAAUUGAAUGGGGUUCCUCAUUCCCUCCCCACUGACUGGUAAAGGUGUGGACCUCACCCAUCUUUAGCCAAGAGGACCUGAGCUGUGUUCUGGAGGCUUACAGAAGAGCUUUACUUUCUUCAUGGACAUUGUUGGCCUCAUGUGGUACAUGUGACACAUUUUUCUCCGAGUCACCCCACCUGGAGAACCACUUGUCUUCUGUUGCUCUGGUCUCUGUGAUAAUAAAGACAUUAUUUAAACCAUCGUUAA